GUGCGUGUUGUUAGCUCUGUAAAUCUCCAUCGCGUGUAUUGUCUGGUUUUGAAAGCUGUGACAUUGAACCUGACUAGACUUGAUGACUGAGUCAUAACAUAAGGAAAAAAGUACAUUUCCAAGAGGUUAAAGAUGCGGACGAGAAAUUUCAUUAAAUAUUGGUCAGCACUUUUAAGUGCCUCACUGGUUUUCUUAGGUUACGUGUUUUACACAUUUAAUGUUAAAACAUACCGUGGUAAUCAGUCGAGUUUGAAAAAAGAACAAUCCACAUAUAUUCAGAUUCCUUCUCUACGAGUUCCAAGAAAAGGCAUAAUAAUUUUUGGUCAGGAUCGCUCUGGGACGACCUUUAUAAGUGCAAUGUUUGCAAACGAUCCACAAAUAUUCAUGGUGUACGAGCCGCUCUGGAUAACUCAAAGAUGGUUUUUUUACGAAAACCAGUAUUAUCGUCGUUGCAUAAGUUGCGAACUUCAAGUAGUAAGUUCCAUUAUGGCUUGUAAUUUCUCACGCUCCCCUGCUUCGACAAAAUUCCUGUCGUAUGUUUCCACUCCCUGGACUGGUGCUCUGCCAGUUAAUAUUUUCGAUACACCAAACUUUUGCAACAAAACUCGGGAUGUAAGGAAUAUAAAUUGUCCCAAACUUGGAAAAAACCCGGGUUUUGUGGAUCGUGUUUGCAAUACAAAGUAUAAACACAGCGUUGUUAAGGUCGCACCCGCUAGGUUACCUCGAGAAAAACUGGCUGAUCUUGUUCCUCGAGUUUUAUUGGAAAAUCCGGAUCUAGACGUGCGAGUGUUACAUCUGGUACGAGAUCCCCGAGGUAACAUUAAUUCUCGAAUUAAUUUAGACUGGGUGAAAGAUUACCCCAGCCCAAAACUACCAUCGACUGCAGCGGACCUAUGUGGUUCAAUUCUCAUUAAUUUAUAUCAUGCGGAUAAAACGUUAACAGACUUGGGACUCAAACACAGGUACAAACUGGUUUUGUACAAGCAGAUUGCUGAUGAUCCGUUGGGGACUGCCAAGGAUAUCUAUGACUUUGCUGGAUUUAAAAUGCCUCUAGAGACAGAACAAUGGGUAUUAGAGACAACAAAACCGAGCGCGGAAACACUCAAGAAGGAACUGGAGAAACCUUAUUCUACAGUGCGGAAUGCUUCAGGAAACGCGGAUAAAUGGAGGGAAGAUGCAUUUUAUUUCAGGAAUCGGAUCAUUGAGAGACAUUGCAAAACUCUAUUGGAUUCAUUAGGCAUGGAGAGAGUUUCCAAACCAAAGUUGGCAAAUUAUAAAUGAAAAUGAAAAAUCGACUCUGAAAUACUUGAAUUCAUUAAAUGAAGAGUUCCAUCUCUCCUCGCUGCAGUCCUCCGGGGACACCGCUCGGGCAGAUUGGGGUUAGGAGGCAGCUGACAUCAAAGCACAGAGUACAAGGGUGGGAAAGGAAAGAAAAGACAGUAAAGGCGUUCGACUAAACGUCUUUGUUCAACUGCGUACGUUUCUUUGAAAGGAAACGCAAAAACUGACUACACAGGCGAGGGUGUCACUGAAAGACAACUCACGAUAACUUAUGAUAAUUCCGCUGACCUCAAGGUGGCUAAAAAGACAUUUGUUAUAAUGCUUAUUUACUCGUUAAAAAGUUAUUAA